AUGUCUUGUGCCUGGGAGAGAAGGUCCAAGCACUGCUCAGAACUCGGGGAAGUAGCUGCUUACGUCCCCGACCUCAUUUUAUCUGAGGACUUGAGGCACGAAGCCCGUUGCGUUCAGAAUUUUCAUGGAGUACUGCUCUUUGCGGACGUCUCAGGUUUCACUGCUCUGACAGAGAAGUUUAGCCAGAGCGUCAGCCUCGAGCGGGGUGCGGACGAGCUAACGCAAACGCUCAAUGACUACAUGGGCGACAUUGUGGAGGAGCUGCUGGGCUUUGGAGGAGACAUCUUGAAGUUUGCAGGGGAUGCUGUACUGGUGCUGUGGAGAGUGAGGGAAACACAGCUGAGAGACACCAUCAGCCUGGUGCUGCAGUGCUGCCGGCAAAUCCAGGAGAAGUACAGCGUCCGUGACACAGACGUGGGUCUGAAGCUCCGACUGAAGAUAGGGAUCUCUGCAGGGCACAUGUCGCUGCUGACUGUGGGAGACCGCAAGGAGCAGCACUUCCUGAUCCUUGGCAAGGCCGUGGGUGAGGUCUGGCAGGCGCAAAACCUUGCAAGUGCAAGUGAUAUUAUCCUGUCAGCCAGCUGCUGGGAGCUCUGUAACCAGAGCCAGGUGAAGAGCAAGAGAGUGAAAGGCCAAGGAGCUGUGAAGGUUACAGGCGUGCAGCGGAUGUCUGUGUCGGAACGCGAAGAACUUUUCUCCAAGUUCACACGAGCCCAGCUGAACUGCCGUUCUCCUGAAAUGCCAGGCGUCCUGAGGCCUGCGGUUACCUUGGCCCCUCAUCGUGCUCAGGGGAAGGUGCUGAGGAAGUACAUCCCAGCCAGUGUCCUGCGCAAGAUUGACGACAGACAGCCCCUGGCGUGCCUAUCCGAGCUGCGGCCGGUCACCUGCCUCUUUGUGAAGCUGCAGUUUGCUGCCAAGGUCAACCUAACGCAAAUCUGCAAGGCUAUCCAGGACAGCAGCGUGCUGAUUUCGGAGAUCCUCCGUCCUCACAAGGGCGAAAUCAACAAAAUCUCCAUGUUUGAUAAGGGCUGCACGCUGCUGUGUGUGUUUGGCCUCCCUGGAGGAAAGCUGCCCUGCGAGAGCGUUUGCGCCUUGGAAAGCGCGAUUAAAAUCUCCACCGCCUGCUCCGGCAGGCUGGGGAAAAUCGAGGCAGUGUCCGUGGGGGUCACCAGCGGGACGGCGUUCUGCGGAGUCGUCGGCCACCGCGUCAGGCACGAGUACACAGUCAUGGGCCAGAAGGUGAACCUGGCUGCCCGGCUGAUGGAGCACUACCCGGGGCUGGUGUCCUGCGAUGCGGCGACCUACGCAGCAUCCCGGCUGCCCCGGUCCUACUUCAAGGAGCUGCCGAAGGCCCAGAUGAAGGGGGUUGGCGAUCCUGGCACUGUCUAUCAGUACCUGGGGAUGUCGCAGAAGCUCAUAUUUGGCCUGGAUCUUAUGGAGGAGAGGUCAGAGUACGGCCCCUUGCUCGGUCGCGAGGAGGAGAUUGCCCUCUUUGAAAGUGCCUUGAAAGCCUACAGGACUUGUCACGAAAGCAGCAUCCUAGCAUUUGAGGGUGUGCUUGGCUCUGGAAAGAGCCAUUUACUCACUGAGCUGGCAUUUUUAGGCCAGGCUGCUGGCCACAGGGUGGUGGCCGUGGAACUGACAGAGCUAAACCUGAAGCAGGUCUACUCUGCCCUCCGUAUGGUGCUGGCCAUGGCCCUGGGCCUGCAGGCAUGUCAAUCGUGCAGUGCCAGACAGCUUGUGCUGCAGGCAAAGCUCCAAGGGCUGAUGGCAGAGAGCAGCUACUGCCUCCUCAACGACAUCUUCCUCGUUAAGUUUCCCCUCUCGACGGCAGUUUCCCAGAUGAGUGGCACUCAAAGGCAAAUGGAGCUGGAGUUGGUUUUGAAGAAAGUGCUCCAGAAGACUGUUGAAGAAGAUGGCGUUGUAUUUGUCAUCGACAACGCCCACUGCAUCGACUCUCCCUCCUGGAGUCUUAUGUGGAGCGUGCUCAGGGAUGUCUCAAUCUUCAUGGUGAUGAGCUUCACUGCCAGUCACUGCAGAAGACAGAGGCUUUGCCAAGCUGCCGUAGACAUCCUGAAGCUGCCAAAAACCAGUUGUGUUCGUCUGGGAGAGCUGAAGCCUUCCGCUGUAGUGCAGAAAGCCUGCCAGGCGCUUGGAGUUGUCAGCCUGCCCCAGGAUCUAGAGACGUUGCUGACGCAAAGAAGCUACGGCAUCCCCUAUUACUGUGAGGAACUGUUGCGCUACCUUCUUGGCCAUGACAUGCUCUUGUUCCACCCACUGGGGAAGGAUGGGAAACGAGAGGACAAGUGGGAGAGCCUCUUCACUUCUGUGACGGAGGCUUCAACCACCGCAGCAGCACGGAGCUCCAGCGCGGGGAAGGACCGCAGGGUGUGCACCAUGAGGCCGGAUGUGACCCUGCAGAACACUGUACUUCCCCCUACGUUGAAAGGGAUUGCGCUGGCUGAGCUGGACAGCAUGAAGCCCUCGGAGCAGAUGGUUCUGAAGUGUGCAGCCAUCCUAGGGCCGCUGUUCAGCACGGAGCUGCUGUUCCACAUCCUUCCCGGGUGGAGCAGGGCCAAGCUGAACAAGGCGCUGAAUGCCCUGGUGAGAUGCAACAUCCUCAAGUGGCUGAAUGCUGCCAAGGGGGCAGAAGAGAGCAGUGUUCCCACCGAGGGGUCAGGCACCUCUCUGGAGGAGGAGAGCGAUGCCCAGAAGUCAUCCAUGGAGGAGAGCAAGCAGAGGGCGAGGCUGGAGUCUGGCGUGCUGGCCUUUUGCGCCCCGCUGCUGCAGGAGGCUGCCUACGAACUGUGGCCGAAGGGACAGAGGGUGGCCCAGCACCACAAGUGUGCGGCCUUCCUGGAGAGGCACGCGCACAAGUGCCAGUGCUGCGGGGGAGGCGACUUUGUUGCCUUCCACUGCUUGGCCCUGGGCAGCACGCAGGAGGCCGAGAGUGGAGAAGAGCAUGGCAGCGACUGCUACUGGGGCAACUGGGAGGCCUCCCUGGCGACCAGCGAGGAGAUGAAGUCGGACGAGCUCCCCGCCUCUACGGAUGCUUCAAGUGGUGUACCGAAAGAGAAGAGCUUCUUGGAGGAGAUUUUUCACUAUGCCCAACGGAAUGGCUUGCCGUUGCUGAAAAGGGGAACUGUUGCUUCUCGUGCUGGUUCUGCCCUGCCUGAGUCCACUGUGCCUGUGCUCUGGGGCCCCAGGGCUCCUCAGAGUGCCCAGCAUAUACUGGUCAACGGGCCCGCAAUAGCAGCAAAGCAGUUUCUGGCUAAGACCGAAUGGAUGCACAAGGUGCCCAGCAAGACCCACUGGACGCAGGGUGUGGAGUGUUCCUGCAGCUGCAAGGCCAUUGUGGACUUGGUGCUUGUGCCCUUGGCUCAGCACUACAUGGCAGUGGGCAAUGACGCCCGAGCCUUUUAUUAUCUGCUGGAGGGUGCGGCUGCCUACUUGCACGUCUCCGACAACUACCUGGCCUUCCGGAACCUGAGAAAAGCAGAAGUGCUGAGGACCUCGGUGGCUAAGAAGGGAAAUGCGCUUGCUUGCUUUGAAGAAGCCACUUUGCUGAGCCUCAAAGGAGAGGUCUGCUACCAUAUGGGACAAACGGAGCUGGCGAAGACAAUGAUCAGGAAGGCAUUGAGCCUGCUGAAGAGGAAAUUCCCCACGACCUCCACUGGCGCCGCCUUGCAGCUUGUCCUGGAAAAGUCAGAGCAUGCCUCUCACAAGAAGAACAGAGACUGCUCCAUUCCUCAGGAGGCAGGGAGGCAGAGGCUCCCCUGGCUGUUCCGGCAAAGCCACUGCCUGUCCUUACUGCGGCAGCUCUUCAGCCUGGAGAGCGCCGCCGGCAGUCGGAGGCUCUCCCGCCUGGCAGCACUCAUGAAGGUGAACACGGCCAAGGAGUCCGAGGACGCGAGUCACGUCCUCUUGUCCUACCUGGAAUAUGCGCUGUGCUGCCAGAACCUGGGCUGCCGGGAAGAGUGGCUGCAAUACGGGUGGGCGGCCAUGCAGCUUAGUGCUGAGGUGCAGCUCUUUGGAGGAGGGAUAUUAAACACGGCCAGCUUUGCCCAGGCCCUGUCCCAUCUGACCCUCAGCCUGGGAAAUCUGCCUCUGUCUGUCGACAUAGGCUAUCGUUCUGAGAGGCUCUGCAUGGAGCUGCAGAAGCCUGACCUGGGCUACGUGGUUCUCAGGACCCUCUUCAUGGCACUCUUUCUGCAGAUGAGGUACCCGGAAUGUGAGGCAGUGCUGCGCAGGCUAGAGAAGCAGGUGUCUGGAGCAGAUGAGAUCGUUGGGCAGGCAUGCUUCUUCUCCUGCUGCUUAGACCUCUUGCUUGAUGCUGGGUGGCAGUAUAAGUCCUUUGAAGAGUGCAGGAGGUUCGUGGAGCAGAACGAAGCCAACUGCCUUCUCCAGGCGCAGAGCAGCAUCCUGCUUGGACUGUAUUCGUCUCUGGCUCUUUGGUUUGCAAGGCUCGGGCAGUGGGACAACUUCCAGAAGCCCUUUGAAAAGGCCAAGAGGCUGCUGAAGAGCACUGGCGCCUGCCUUGUGGCCAGCCAAGCGUGCAGCCGGCUCCUGGAGUGCCAUAGCCUGGUGCUGAAAAAGGACAUGGAGCACGGCUCGUGGAGGGCCCGUGACAGCUGCCGCAGGGCUCUAAGGCUCGCCGAAGAGGUUUUCUCUCGGUGCUCCACAAGCCCCGUCUUCCACCCCAGAGUCUACCACCUGAAAGCCUACAUUUUGCUGAUGCUGGGGAAUGAAGAGCAGAGCCUGCUGUGCCUCAAUCAGGGCCUCCAAGCCUGUGAAGACCAUGGCAACCUGCUGGAGAAGACUUGGCUGGAGAUGAGCACUGAGUGCUGGUUCACUGGAAAAGGCCCCCUGGGAGAUUUGUGGCUGAAGACAGCCCCACAUUUUCCCCACCUGAACCAAGCAAAGCCAGAGGUCUGUAGCUCCAGGUUUUAUGCACAAGGGGAUGUCAAGGGUUACACCUUUGUGAUAAGUUAG